AUGGUGCUACAUCAAUUUGACUACAUCUUUGGCAUCGCCAUGGUGUUUGGGUUCUUGGACGCCUUCAAUAUCGGCGCCAACGACGUGGCAAACUCGUUCGCUUCGUCGAUUUCGUCGCGGUCCCUGACCUAUCCGCAGGCCAUGGUGCUGGCAGGGCUGUGUGAGUUCCUGGGAGCCGUCCUGGCCGGUGCUAGAGUCUCCAGUACUAUCAAAAACAAUAUCAUCGAUGCCGCCGUCUACAAGAAGGACCCUGCAGUGUUGAUGCUCACCAUGGCUUGUGCGUUGAUUGGAUCGUCAACCUGGCUCACCAUCGCAACCGCCAUCGGACUUCCAGUGUCCACAACACACUCCAUCGUUGGAGGCACCAUUGGUGCCGGUAUCGCCGCAGGUGGUGCCAAAGGUGUCCAUUGGGGCUGGAACGGUGUUUCCCAGAUUAUUGCUUCGUGGUUUAUCGCUCCUGUGCUUGCAGGCGCCAUCACCGCCGUUGUUUUCCUAAUAUCAAACGUAACUGUUUUACGCAUCAAACCCAUCGAAAGAUCCAUUAAGAAUGCGCUACUUUUGGUUGGCUUUCUAGUCUUUGUCACUUUCUCCAUCUUGACCAUGCUUAUCGUAUGGAAAGGAUCUCCCAAUUUGCACUUGGACGAUUUGUCAGGUCAAACCACAGCUUUGUCUAUCGUUCUCACCGGAUUAGUAGCCUCCACUUUCUACUUUAUUUUCCUGUAUCCAUUUUACCGCAGAAAACUGCUACAUCAGGACUGGAGCUUGACGCUUCUUGACAUUUUUAAAGGGCCGUCGUUUUACUUCAAAUCUACCAGCGAUAUCACUCCCAUGCCGGAGGGCCACGAACUCACUAUCGACUACUACAAGGGAAGACGUGUACCUGAGGAAUCGAGCGUGAGUACGGAAGAUGAAGAGAACAAAGUUGUGUGCCAAUCCAAGACUGAUGUGGACCGCGAAUCCACCAAGACCGUGUCUGCAGACGAGAAAACUCCCGAAAUGUCCACCAAACAAUUGUGGUGGAGCAUGCUAACCAAGGGUCCAAAAGCAUGGCCUCGGUUACUGUGGCUCAUGGUUUCUCAUGGAUGGACCCAAGAUGUUCUCAGCGCCCAGGUGAACGAUAAAGACAUGCUAUCUGGUGAUCUUCAGGACAUGUACAAAAGAUCUCAUUUCUACGACAACCGUGUUGAAUACGUGUACUCGGUGCUGCAGGCAAUCACUGCGGCCACCAUGUCGUUCGCGCAUGGUGCCAACGAUGUGGCAAACGCCAGUGGGCCUUUGUCUGCCGUGUACGAGAUCUGGCAAACAAACCGGACCGGAUCCAAGUCCGAUGUACCGGUUUGGAUUUUGGCAUACUGUGCUGCCGCUUUAGUUCUCGGAUGCUGGACAUACGGCUACAAUAUCAUCAAAAAUCUCGGUAACAAAAUCAUUCUACAGUCUCCUUCCAGAGGCUUUUCGAUCGAACUGGCCGCUGCCAUCACUACCGUCAUGGCCACGCAGCUGGCGAUCCCCACAUCAACCACACAGAUUGCCGUGGGAGGUAUUGUUGCCGUAGGUCUAUGCAACAAAGACGUGAAGUCCGUGAAUUGGAGAAUGGUGGCAUGGUGCUACUCGGGGUGGUUUCUGACAUUGCCGAUUGCUGGGUUGAUCGCUGGUAUCCUCAAUGGUAUAAUUCUCAAUGCUCCUCAUUUUGGCGGCGAAUACCAGAUGAAUUGA